CUAGUCUAGAUCUACAUGUAUCGUGAUUUUUGACAUUUUGGCGGGUAAUGUAAAUUAUACGGUUGUGUUACUCGCACGUAAUCGGAAGCUAUUUAACGCUAUGUAAAACACGGAGGUGUUACAAAUGUGAGAUCACAUGACUGUUAGCGUACUUGGAUACCACACUUGACUUGCCAUAGGUGAAAGCAGGCGCGUGGAUUACAACUGUGAAACUUAAUUUAAAACCAUUAUGUCCUAGAUGAUGUCUUAAAGUUUGGAAUUAACAAUAAAAAUGAGUAGUAGAAUGAAUGGAUAUUCGAGUGAUCGAGAAAGACGUCCACCGUCUGAACAGAUGUCGGAUCUUCACAUUUACUUGGUGCCACCAGAAAUUUGGAGAGAGAAAUACCAUAAUGCAUUAAACCAAAACAUUAAUGAAACAGUUUCCAUAGGUUUUAUCAGAGUUCAUCCAGAGACAAAGUUAUAUGCAUUACGAGACGAAAUAGAGCAACAGUUAGGAACAGAGUUAGUGCCAAGAGAAUAUGUUUUUGUCAAAAGUGUUGGAAGAAGUUUAACAAGAGUAAAAGCCAGACAAGAGGCUACUCUGAAAGUCAAGAACUUUUUACCACCACAGGCGUAUGCACCAGAACUGUAUUUAUUAGAAGCCACUCCAGAAGUGCAACAACAAAUAGCAGCCAGUAGCGAGAACUCGACGCGGCCAGAAACUAGAACCUCAUAUGACUAUGAAUUUAUGCACAGACAAAACAAAGGACGAAAUAAUCACUAUUUUCAAACUCAUGGUAGUGACGAUCGCCUUCCGAAUGCCAAACAUAGCAACUUGUCAAAUGGUACUGACCUGAAUUCUCAUUACACAACAUUACCAAAUAUCACUCCGCGCAAUAUUACGUCCCCUGAAAAACAAUCAGCACCUUUAGUGUACAAGACUUCCGCCACACCUCGUGAAUCUUCUACUCGAGAACCGACUGGUCAAACUGUGCAUCAAAACAAUCAAUACCUCUCUGUGGACUGGGACUCUAGUGACAAACACAACAGUUCCUUUCCUGACGACCAGUCUAACAGUCAAAAUAGUGAACAUUUAGUUAAUCAGUCUAACACAAAUGUAGGUCAGUCACGGAACAAUUUCAGAAAUAGUCACCCUCAUUCUGAUUCUGACCCCUAUUUAGAUCCCCCUCAGCACCGUCUGGCUAGCUCACCUCGGCGGCAACAGCAGCCUGGUUCCCAGGAGGCUUACCUCCAGCCACUUAGUGCCACACCCCCUCACACUGAUUCUGAGAAUGAUAAGAACAGUAAAAAUCGUCAUGGUAACCUUGGUAGUAACCAGAAUAAACAUGAUGAAGACUCCGGUAUUGCAGGGUUUACACCAGAUACAUACAGGGAAAAUGAACCGCUAGAUCGGCGGAAAAAUGCCGGAGACGAGAGUGACAGAUUGAAAGCUCCGUCACCAGAUGCGUACGAGUCAGAUAGACUUGGUCAGUCUCGCAAUGACAAUGAUAAUUCAGACUGGGAGCGACAGAGGAAGGAGGAACAAGAUAGACUGAAGAGGGAGGAAGAAGAAAGGAGGCGGAGAGAGGAGGAGGAGAAUAGACGGAACGAACAGGACAGAGAAGAACAAAACCGACUUAUGAAAUCGGACUCUGACCAGUUUUUGACAAAGGGAGAUAAUGAACCAGUUAGAGAAAUGACUCUGCCUAUAAUUCCAAAGGAAACCAGCAAUGUUGUGAACAAUGUAUCCGUCACAUCAAAGGAAAAUAGCAACAUUUCAAAAAAUGAGUUGACAAAGUACCCGUCCCCGCCUCCACUCAGGCUUGCCUCCCCUGACAGAGACACUGCUUCGGCCAGAGAGAGACGCAAGAGACAAAAAGAGGAAUUGUUACGAGAGCUGGAUGAAGCUCGGGACGCUCGACGGGCAGCGGAAAGACAGCGAGAAGAACUUGUCAAACAUGCUAAACAAAUGCAAACAAAAACACAGAAUAAAAGAAAUCAUGCUCGAGAUUUAUGGAAAAAAAGGUAUUUUGAAGAGAAAAAGAAGACUGGACCAUUAGAAGAACAGUGUAACAGACUACGGCACGAAUUGGACAUUAUUCACAAAAAAUUACUCACAACUCUAGAGGGACCUAAAGAAAAAGCUACUAAAUUAAAUGAUAUAAAACCCUCUAAUAAGGUGGGUUCACCUGGGAGGCCUGUGGUGAGUUCAGCUUUUCAGACUUCUCGCACACCCUCACCACGCCUCUCACCAACACCAAAAGCUAGGGGCGACAACUCUAGGUUACUUAAUUCUAAGGGGGAUAAUUCUGACCGGCAGGCUUCUCCUACAGGAGCAGUUGUCUCCUCUGAUCCAUUCAUUGGAGAAUCCAGCAAUAACAACUUUUCUCCUAGAAUGUCACCAAGAGUUGUAUCCCCUAGACGAGGUCAAGAUAUUUCUUUGAAUUUAAGAAAUGUUUCCCUGGCAAGAGAUCCCAAGUCCCAAAGUUUUCGUGAAAGGCCGACUCCACGGCAAGGAUGGGCUGAGGUGAAUAGCUCACCGAGGCAACCAGUACAAAGGGGACGGGCACAAGUUGUGACUAAUAGUGGACUGGAUAGAUUUAAGUCUAGGUUUCAUCAAGCCAAAAAAGAGCAUAAACAAUAUCCAUUAAGUCUAGUCGGAAGUGAUCAGAAACAGGCGUAUUUUGACAGUGAUCAGUUUGAUUCCGACUACGACUCUAAGCAGUCAAGUGCAAGAAGCAUUCUAGCCCCUAAAAGUCCUGACCGAUACAAUGCUUAUCCCAGAAAAAAUGUGCAGUUUGAUAUUUAAAAUAUCUCCACCUGCAUGGGUUUAAGUAAUACAAUAUCCGGUUUGAUAAUAUUUUUUUUUUUUAAUUUUAAUGUAUUUAUUUCAGAUAUACAAAUACUUUGAUAGGGAGUUAAGAGCAUACAGAAAAUUGGUACAUAAGUAUUUUAUGAGAAAAUAAUGUUUUGCUCAAUUAAUUAGGAGUUUGAAGCUACUUUAGAUUAUUACAUUUAUAGAUGUUGUGAAAAAAAAGUGUUUUUUUUCCAAGAUUUUUUUUUGUAUUUUUUGCUGUUUUUAGUCAUUUUUCAUUCAGCAGAAAUUUACAGAAUCAAGUCUCAAGGCUGUGAUCAUUUUAUGCAUUCUACAUUUCCUUUUUUUUAUGCCCCCGCCAUGUAAUGGCCGGGGCAUAUAGUGUUACCCUAUUCCGUCCUUCCGUCCUUCCGUCAUUCCGUCCUUCCGUCAUUCCGUCAUUCCGUCAUUCUGUCAUUCCGUCAUCAUCAGUUUCCGUUCAUUAUCUCCCCAACGGUACAACACAUUCAACUUAAAUUUGACAUAUGGAUAUGUCAUGAGAAAAUACAGGUCAAGUUCGAAUUUGGUCAUGGUUCGAUGAUUUUUGGCAGAGUUAUGCCCCUUUUACUUUGAAAAUAAUAUGAAAUUUUCAGUUUCCGUUCAUUAUCUCCCCAACGGUACAACACAUUGAACUCAAAUUUGACAUAUGGAUAUGUCAUGAGAAAAUACAGGUCAAGUUGGAAUUUGGUCAUGGUUGGAUGAUUUUUGGCAGAGUUAUGCCCCUUUGACUUUGAAAAUAAUAUGAAAUUUUCAGUUUCUGUCAUUAUCUCCCCAACGGUACAACACAUUCAACUCAAAUUUGACAUAUGGAUAUGUCAUGAGAAAAUACAGGUCAAGUUCGAAUUUGGUCAUGGUUCGAUGAUUUUUGGCAGAGUUA